AUAAACAAUUUACAUGUCCUCCGCAUUCGCCACAUCUACGUUGCUCUCUUCAUCUUCAUCUUGUUCCUUUUGAGUAGAAAGCUCUUUGAGUUGAACCUCGUUUCUGCAGUCUAAAGAACUUUAUUUGCUUACUACGAAAAGUAAACAUCAAAGGAAGGAACUGAAUGUAGUAAGCUCUGUGAUUCUGGUCUCUGGAUGUUUCACAACUAGAUAGUAUACAAGACGGGGAUGUAGCUCAGAUGGUAGAGCGCUCGCUUAGCAUGCGAGAGGUACGGGGAUCGAUACCCCGCAUCUCCAUUUUGAUUAAUCGAUCGAUCACGAUUGCUAGGUUGCCUUGUACUACUGAUGAGCUACAUUUUUGUGCAAUCGCGGCCGCGUAAAAGCUUUCGUUAUUUCGGUCGGUACAGGUGUUUUGACACUGAAUGCGGUUGUCGCUUUGUGAAUUAAGCAUAAUUUGUUUUCUUUUAACAUAACAACGGCGAAUAACGGUAUUGGUAUCGGCACCUGCUGGUAACGGCCGUUUUUGCGAUUGUGGACUGUUCCUUAUAAGUUAUAACCUAGAAAAUAAAUCCAGAAGUUGUUUCAAGCAUAGAGUUGAUGAUCAAAGUUUCUGUAACUUCUUUAAUUUUGAAGGUCGAUUAUAUGCUAACAAAUAAUUAUUAGAUUCUUGUUUGAUAUAGAGAUUUGUUUUUUCUGAUAUGAUAAUUUGCAAAUAUUCUUAUAGUUUUCGAUUUCAAAACUUACAUAUUCUUAUUAUUUCUAUAGUAAGAUUAGAUUACGAGCCUUACAUUUGAUUAUGGGUGUGGAUGGUUUAGUUGUACAUUUUGUGCAGGGAGUUGAUCAAACAUUGCUGAGUUCGACGCCUGGUGGCGGACUAUAAAGCACGCUUCUCUGUUUACGACAUGAAAGAUACUGACUUGGAAGGUGAUAUUAUUAGUCAUUUUCACACGAUUUCAGUUUCGGUUUCUCCUAAAUAUAGACAAGAUCAUUGCUAUUCAAUCAGCAAAAAAUCCACUAGCUUCACUGACACUCAUAUCUGUUACUUCAGAGCAUGGAUAUGACUUCACUGAUUUGGUUGCUUCAAGAAGAAUCUCCAACAGAAUAUUUGGUUUUGACCUUUCCACAGGAACCGUGUAAUGAUAGUAUUUCUCUGGGUCUGGACAAUAAUCCUGCAAAAUUUUACAUUUGAUUAGUUCACUUCAAACACAACAGAAUAUGAAAAUAUCAACAUCUUUUACUUAACAAUACCUGAUCAGCAUUCAUUUUUUCACAAAGAUUUUGAGUAUAUCAAAAUUUGUUUGUGGAAUAAUUCUUCUGUCAAACAUUGAUAUGUGACUCUUUUUGUUAACACCAUUUGGUCAAGCAUUUAGAAGGAUUUGGUUAUAAUCUUCAGUGUCAUACCUUGGAAGUGCAUUUUCCCCAGCUACUUCAUUCAGCACUUUCUGCUCCUAGUAACACUGCUUCUGCCACUCCAAGUUCUGGCAAGGGCUUUUGAUACAAGAAAUGAUAGAGAAAGAACAAGAGGGCGUGGUGGUGGCGGUGCGAGUGGCUCGGGAAAGGAUAAAAUUGACGCUCUUAGUAGGUUCCUGACCGGAUUUUACGUCAUAUGGCAUCUGAAUUGAAAUUGAAUAUGAGAAGUGAUAGUUAUUUGAAUGUUAAUGAUUUGCUAAAGCUGAAUUUGAAGACACUUGCUAAUGUUCCUCUACGAUCCCACACUAUUUGAUGACAUUUGGGAGAGAAAGAAAUUGAGCACAAGUCUUGAUCAGAGAAAUACCUAAAUUUUAAGAUACACAAAUUCAAACGAUGGCGGGUGGAGUUUUAGUUGCUUCAAAAAAUGGAAGGCAAUAUGAGGGAAAGGUUACAAUGUUUGUUUUGGUCACAUGUUUGGUGGCGGCCAUGGGAGGUCUACUUUUUGGUUAUGAUCUUGGUAUUACUGGAGGAGUGACUUCUAUGGAACCAUUCUUGGUUAAGUUCUUCCCCGGUGUUUACAAACAAAUGAAAGAUGAGUCUGGACACGAGAGCAUGUAUUGCAAAUUUGAUAACGAGCUCCUUACUCUGUUCACAUCUUCCUUGUAUCUUGCAGCUUUAAUAGCUUCUUUCUUUGCUUCCACAACUACAAGGAUGUUAGGACGCAAGGCCUCAAUGUUUACGGGUGGCUUGUUUUUUCUUACUGGUGCAUUGCUUAAUGGUUUUGCUGUCAAUAUAGAAAUGCUUAUCAUUGGUCGUAUAUUACUUGGCUUUGGUGUAGGAUAUUGUAAUCAGUCCGUUCCAGUGUAUUUGUCUGAAAUGGCUCCAGCAAAGAUUAGAGGUGCACUCAACAUGGGCUUCCAAAUGAUGAUCACUAUUGGAAUCCUAGGGGCAAACAUUAUUAACUACUUUACUUCCAAUCUUGAGAGUGGAUGGAGAAUUUCUUUGGGUGUCGGAGCUGUCCCUGCAAUUUUGUUGUGUAUAGGAUCUUUUUUCUUAGGCGACACACCAAACUCUAUGAUUGAAAGGGGUCAACAAGAAGGAGCUAAGAAAAUGUUGCAAAAGAUUCGUGGCAUUGAUAAUGUCGAUGAGGAGUUUCAAGAUCUAAUUGAUGCUAGCGAGGAAGCCAAAAAGGUGGAACAUCCAUGGAAGAAUAUUACUCAAUUGAGAUACAGACCUCAACUAACAUUUUGCUCUCUCAUUCCGUUCUUUCAACAACUCACAGGCAUCAAUGUUAUCAUGUUUUAUGCCCCUGUCCUUUUCAAAACUUUGGGCUUUGGAAGCGAUGCUUCCCUCAUGUCCGCAGUAAUUAGCGGAGGUGUCAAUGUUCUUGCUACUUUUGUUUCCAUCUUCAUUGUGGACAAGUUUGGAAGAAAGAUUUUGUUUCUUCAAGGUGGUGUCCAAAUGUUUAUUUGUCAGAUUGUUGUUGGAAGCAUGAUUGCUGCUAAGUUUGGAGUUAACGGUGAAGGCUCAAUUAAAGCUUAUGAAGCUAAUCGUCUUCUGUUCUUCAUAUGCGCGUAUGUUGCCGCAUUCGCAUGGUCUUGGGGUCCAUUGGGAUGGUUAGUUCCAAGUGAAAUAUGCUCUCUUGAGGUUCGCUCUGCAGGUCAGGCUACCAAUGUUGCUGUGAACAUGUUGUUCACCUUUGUCAUUGCUCAAGUUUUUCUAGCUAUGCUUUGUCACUUGAAGUUUGGACUUUUCUUCUUCUUUGCUGGCUUUGUGCUUAUAAUGACAGUUUUCAUUUUCCUGUUUUUUCCCGAGACAAAUAAUGUCCCAAUUGAAGAAAUGAAUAAAGUGUGGAAGUCUCAUUGGUUUUGGACAAAGUUUGUUUCAGAUGUUGAUGUUGAUCAUGACCACAAGGACGUUGCUUGAUUUCAAUAUUAGAAAAAUCUCGGGGCCUAGACAAUAUAAUAAUAAUUUCAGCUAAUUCUAUCUGAUGUUGUUAUUGUCAUCUUGUAUUUAAGAUUUUUCUUUUAAAAAAUAUUUGUAUUAAUUUAGGAAUAGUUUGUAAUA